CCAUGCUGGAACCCUGUGGAUUUUCUGUUUUAAUUGUUCAGCUGUCUUUGGCAGCAACAAUGCAUGCUGGUGGGGGUGUUCAGAGGACUCCAUGGUGCGGGACUCUAGAGCGCAGGGCAUACGUUCAGAGGAUUCUUCCAUCAUUUGACUCACUGCAGCCUGAUCCUGGAGUACUGUCCAAUAAUCAGAGGGGGCCUGGCUUACUCAGUGCUGCUGGUCACAUUGAGGAGGACAACCCAGUGUUGUUGACUCAGGCAGAACAUUUUAGAUUCAGCCCUAAUGAGACAUUCCAGACAGACAUGAUGUUUCCUCAACAACAAAUGACCCGUCGGGAAGGAGUUGAUACUGAAAGCAGCUAUCAGACUGUAGUUAUCAUGGAAGAAGACCCAGCAGUGACAGAGGCAGCCACUGACCUCUUUGAGAGGCAUCUCACUGUAUCAACUUUGCUGAAGUACCAGAAGGGGGCGCUACAUAUUCACAGAGGAGGCCAUUUCUUUUCUACUAGAAACCAUGAUGUCAUACUGGUUGGUCACGGCAGCAUUAGUGCCAAUGGAACAGUCCAGCUAGCUGGUCAUGGCCCAGAGGAACUUGCCAGAUUGGUGUCGAGCAUCUUUGGUCCUCUUAGCUCCAUCAGCUUCAUCAGCUGCAGCCUUGGGACUGACCGGCACUUCAUGUUACAACUGCUACAAGCUCUGCGCUCUCUCGGUGUGGAAACAAAGCUACACCUUUACAACUCCUUCCUGUCUGUAAGGUCUGACGGAGAGAUAAUGACGAGGACUGAUGGGGUCUGGAGGUCUCAGGACCAGAGCGCAAGAGUCACAGCUGAACUGGACCAAAGAGGCGACCUGCUCACCAAAGUACAACUUGGCUGUGCAGGGCCAGUGAUCUCUGAGUAUAAAGGAAAGGUUUUGUAUAUCCAGACAUUGGAGUGGCCAAGCCACCCUCAAAUGUUUGUUCCGAUGGAGCUGCGCAAAAAGUACCCCUCUAUCGACUGCCUGGAGGGGCUUACUUGGAGCUUAUUCUUUGAGGAGAAAGAAAGAAGGCGUGCUCCUGAUUACGUCCCAGACACAAGACUCCUUAGAGCAAUUUGGCUUUCAGAGCCAGAAGACGAAGCCAACAUUGAGUUUAAGCACAUCACUAACAUUCAGGAUCUCCUUGUGGAGAUACGGUACAAUGCUAAAGAGGAAGUUGCAUCAGACCUGUACUAUGUUCUAAAUGAAUGCAUUUACAAAGUACACAGGAAAAAUCUAAGCGUUAGUCUGGCGGGCAAGUUCAUGAGCACCAAGAACCAAGCUGAAGCUGGAAACUUCCGUCAGAGCUUCAACGAUCAGCAGGGGGAGGCCUCCCUGCAGGAGCUGAGGCAGGGUCUCAAAGCUUCCAAAUUCACUGAGUUCUGUCGCCAGACCUUCCAGUUCCAGCAGUGUAACUACAACUGUGAGAGGUGGGGGCGCUUCUUCAUGACUGCAGUGUUUUCCGCAUCGGUGUGUAACUUCAGAACCUUCUCGCUUUUCCUCAUGAGCGUCAUAGGAUGUGAAGUAGGCCGCUCCCGAGGGACUGACAGCGCCCUCUGCACAGCGUUUGUGGGAGCAGACCACCCCAUGGAGACUGACCAACCCUGGCCCGGGCAGCUGCGCCGAGGGUUCUACGGUUGCACUUUGGAGAACUUCGAGAUGGCUCCGGUCAGCAGGCAGAUCUGGCUGGAUGAAGUGGUUUCAAAGGAAAACGCCCUGUACAUCAAAUCCAAGCAGAUGAUGAAUGCUGUGGACCAUGACGAUCAAACUGAGCUGGAAAUCUUUGGGAAGGUCAAAGUCAUGAAUAAGUACGUGUUUUCGUCCUAUCUGGAAUUCUUCCGAGGUACACCUGAGGGAAAGAAACUCAAGAUGGGAUGUGCUCCCUCUUUCAAUGAGGAUUUAAAUCCAUAAUCCUGGUUUAAUGUCUGAUAACCGAAGUUCAUCUCUUUGUGUUUUUGUGGCAUAGUAGGCUCUUGUAUUCUUGCAUGCAUAAAGCUGCAUUUACAUGAUAUGCGGUAAAACGUCUCUGCGCUGACCUUGCCGUUGUGUUUCUUUGGAGAGAGUGCCACCUGACCAUGAAGAGCCAGUGUUUCUGUUAGAAAAAAUAGCCUGUCAAAAUGACCGGUAAGAUUUCAAUUUACCAGACAAAUGGGAAAUAUUCCAUCAAAUAUUCUCUGUAUUUAUGAUUGAAAACAAUUGACAAAGAAAACGAUAUGAAGGAAGUCAUUAUCAAGGCAUGUAGAUUUAUGUUUUAUUGAAAUGCAUUGAGAAAUUCAAGCCUGCAACACCUCGGAGCACUGUCAGGGGUCUAGUGCUAUUUGUACCGAAGCACACUUGCUGUGGCUCAUUUUGAAAUAUAUGUAACCACUGUCAAUGAACUCUCUCCAGCCAGAAUAGACAGGAAAGUAAGAAGUAAGUGAGUAAAUGUCUGAUCACCAGGGUGCAUCAGAGCCGCUUCCCAACUUUUUUUGUAGUGCAUACGCUGUUGUAUAACUAAACAAUGUGAAUGUGUACGAGAGAUGAUAAACACUUAUUAUUCAUUUGAAUUUGCCGGACUUCUACAGAUCAUUCAGGUCAAAGUCCGGUAAAUACGGGCUAACAGAAACACUGGUAUUCGCUCAUCUGCACGCUGAACGUUGAGCAAAUGGCCUAUCAUGUGAAUGCAGCUUGUGUUCUGAUAUGAAACUGUAAUAAAGCUUUCCUGAUUAGUUUGCUGGCAAAGCCUCAGGUUUGAUUGUUGCUAGAAUAGUGGGCAUUCUUCUAAUGUGCUAAAUUGAAGCAUUUAAACUUUCAUUUAAGCCCCCCUUUAAAUGCAUUUCUCUAUUAUAUUUUCAGACCCCAACCAACCAACCAGUAACCCUGUUACUCAUAUUAUCAGAAUAAAACAGAUUAAUUUCCUCUCUUUAGUUAACUAUUUGUCCGUGCCUUGGCCGCAGCAUUACAUUCUGCAGCUAGCAUUCAUUCCUGAGGUAAAGGCUAACAUUAGCAUUGAUUUGCAACCCUGUUAUGUAAUUUAGAGUAAUGACAGUUACGGCCCGUCCACACAGCAGCGUUAAA